UGUUUACAAAUGGCAGCUGAAAUGAGCUGUCACUAUAAAGUCUUUUCGGCCUUAUACAUUAAGUUUGUAAUGUAUAUGCCGUGCUUUUAAAACAAAAUUAAUGGGUAAUUGGUUAUUCACAAUUAGCGUAAUAUAGGUAUUAUGAAUAUGUAACAGGCAUUUCCCUAGUAGAGCGAAGCUGGAAUUAUGGUUAGGUGAAAAACGGAGCAACAAUACCAUACUAUAUAGCACAUGUGAGGAACUCCCAACUGCAGAAUGAUAAUGGAUUCUUCAAGCAGUUUUUCCUCAUCUACAUUUAGUAAAUUACCACCCAUAGUUACCAAUGAAACAGAUAGAAUAUUUUUACAAGAAGUUAACAAGUUUGUAGAGAAAGAGUUGGUGAAACUUGGUCAUAAAGCAGAUGAAGAACAAAAUUAUCUGAUAUAUAAAUCAGUUUUCAAUAGAGUGAUAGAACAUGUUACAGCAUAUAAACCAGUAUUAACAGCUAUUAAAAAAGAAUAUGAAACAACAAUUGAUGCUAUCACUAAUGGUCAAAAAGAAGCUGUAUUUUUGCAAGGUAGAUUGAAAGCUAUGGCUUCAGAACCUUCAACUAUCAGGAACUAUCGAAAACGAGCAGAUCAGUUGGAGGAAAGGAUCAGUUAUAUUAAGAAAAAUAACAAGGAAUUAGAAAGCCAGUUAAUGGCUGCACGAACUGCUAGAGAAGAACGAGAAAAGAAAGAAAAUGAAAUAAAAGAGAUUCCGAGAAGACAGUUAAAAAAAGACAGUAGAAGUAUACCUGGUCUAACACUGGAGGAACAGACAGAUUUAACACUUCUACAAAAAAAACUUGAAAAACUUGAUAGACAAUUAAGGGAACUUAACAUUAGCUUCAAGACACGUUAUUUACCCAAGAGCAACAACCUGGAGUUGAAAGAUCAUUUAGAUAAAAAAGUUAGUUUUAGAGAUCAUCUGUUGAGUCAGAGCCAAGCAUUUAAAGCCAGAAGUCAUCGGAUGAAAAUAGCCCUAGAAGCUGCCGAGGCCUAUAAUGGUGUCAAACCACCAAAUCAAACAGUAGGAGAUGCUGUUGUACUUGCUUUUCAACAUUAUUUUGGGCAACAAGCAGCAAAAACAGAAGUAACUAAUUUAGAAGGAGAAACUGGAACUGGAACUAAUGAAGCAACUACUACCUCCCAGUUUGAAGAGGAUGAUCCAAAUAAGGAAAAAGAAGCAGAGAUGAUGUUAGAAUAUAUUGAAAAAUUCAAUGAAUUAUUUGAAGAUGGCAAAUUUGAAGAAGCCGCUAUUCAUGCAGCUAACAGUCCAAAAGGCAUUUUAAGAACACAGGCAACCUUAUCCAAAUUCAGAGAUGUAAAGUUAUGGAUUAAUGGAGGUCGCACGCCAUUAUUAGCAUUCUGUGAUGCUCUAAUGUCGUCUGUUAAAGCUACAGGAAGUAAACCAGGUGUAGGAUUAUCUGUAGACUGUAUACGAUGUGCUUUAUCUGAAAAUAGACUUGAUUUAUUAGCACAUUGGGUCGCUCAAGACAGUUUAAGUUUAUCAAGAGAUAUUGGCGUUUUGUUAGACGAGCAUUGUUCGUGUCAAAUACCAUGUAAGUGUGGUUGUCAGGCAUUGGCUCAGACUAUCUUUACAGGUUUAAGAGAGCACCAAAAUGUUGUCAUCUGUCUGGUAAAACAAGGAAGGGUACUAACUGGAUUACAAUACGCCAAAAUUAAAGGCACCCUUGAAGCUGAAUUCCUGGUGUACCUAAUAAAGGCAUGUCCAUCUGUUCAACUAUUCUUGGGGCUGUCAGAAGAACAUGACACAACUGGAAGUUCUAUUGUACCUAUUGGCGUUAUAUUGAAGACACUUUUACAAAUGGAUAACUUGAACCUUGGGGUCAAAUUUAUACAGCAAUUUCAAAAGUCCAAAAAGAAAGUAGAUGGUGAUAAAGAUAAGAAUGUAUUAAGACAGGCUAUAUUUAGUGAUCAUGUUACUACAAGUAAUGAAUGGAAUCGUAUUGUGAAAGGUUUACAGGAAGGGGGUCAUAAUGAAGUCUCUAUACAGGUGUCUGCUAUUAUUCUAGUAGUUGAUGCUUUAAAAAACGCUAUUAAUACACUCAAUUAUUCUUUAAUGGAAGCCUAAUUUACAAUAUUAAUAAAUUUGAUGAAGUCAGUUAAGUUUUUCUCAUGCCAAACCAUCUGUGAUCAUAUACACAACUUUCUAAACAGUCUACCCAUACAUUGUUUAUUGUGAAUUAUAUAUUUGAUAUAAAAUUAUUUAUAUACCUA